CCGGUUCCUUAGAAACCAGGCGGCGCGUUCCCGAUGGUGGCUCGCUAGACUCCGAGGCCCGCGCGUCCCUGCCAGCCUCCUUCAUGGUGGAUGGGUGGCCAACGAGACCCGUCCGGUUCCAUGGUCUCCCGUGCGGCGCAGGACGGGCGAUGCCAGCGUGCCAGGGACCAUGUCUGACCAGGACUAUGGGAAGGUCGUAUUCAUACUGGAGGCUCUUGUGAGGAGAUGAGCUGGUGAACAGAGGAGCCAGCAUGAAGAUGCUCCCAGGAGUGGGUGUAUUUGGGACCGGCAGCUCUGCCCGGGUUCUGGUCCCACUGCUGAGGGCAGAAGGGUUCACCGUGGAAGCCCUGUGGGGGAAGACUGAGGAGGAGGCAAAGCAGCUUGCUGAGGAGAUGAACAUCACCUUCUACACUAGCCGGACCGAUGACAUCUUGCUGCAUCAAGACGUGGAUCUGGUGUGCAUCAACAUCCCCCCUCCACUCACCCGGCAAAUAUCUGUGAAGGCUCUAGGUAUUGGGAAGAAUGUGGUUUGUGAGAAGGCAGCAACCUCGGUGGAUGCCUUCAGGAUGGUGACAGCCUCCCGCUACUACCCACAGCUGAUGAGCCUGGUGGGGAAUGUGCUGCGCUUCCUGCCUGCCUUUGUGCGUAUGAAGCAGCUGAUUGCGGAGCACUACGUGGGCGCAGUGAUGAUCUGUGAUGCCCGCAUCUAUUCGGGCAGCCUGCUCAGCCCCAACUAUGGCUGGAUCUGUGAUGAGCUCAUGGGUGGUGGGGGCCUUCACACCAUGGGCACCUAUAUUGUGGACUUGCUGACCCACCUGACUGGCCGGAAAGCCGAGAAGGUACAUGGGCUACUCAAGACCUUCGUGAGGCAGAAUGCAGCCAUCCAUGGCAUCCGGCACGUCACCAGUGAUGACUUCUGUUUCUUCCAGAUGCUCAUGGGUGGGGGUGUGUGCAGCACAGUAACACUCAAUUUCAACAUGCCAGGUUCCUUUGUGCAUGAAGUCAUGGUGGUGGGCUCUGCGGGACGUCUUGUUGCCCGGGGAGCUGACCUUUAUGGGCAGAAGAACUCUGCCACACAAGAGGAACUGCUCCUGAGGGACUCGCUGGCUGUGGGUGCUGGGCUGCCUGAGCAGGGGCCCCAGGAUGUCCCACUGCUCUAUCUGAAGGGCAUGGUCUACAUGGUGCAGGCCUUGCGCCAGUCCUUCCAGGGGCAGGGGGACCGCCGCACGUGGGACCACAGCCCAGUCUCCAUGGCCGCCUCGUUCGAGGAUGGGCUGUACAUGCAGAGCGUGGUGGACGCUAUCAAAAGGUCAAGCAGAUCUGGGGAGUGGGAGGCUGUGGAGGUGCUGACAGAGGAACCUGACCCCAACCAGAAUCUGUGUGAGGCACUGCAGCGGAAUAACCUGUGAGCCUUCCUGAGGGCUCCCUGCCUUGGAGCAAAGGGAGCAAAGAGGCCGGGGAGGGACCAGGGAGCCAUGACAAGAGGGCAUGGCUACAGCACAGAUAGUGUCAUUCAUUUAAUGUGUCCAUUUUGGCAGGGUGCAGCCAAAGGUGGUCCCCAGAAAACGCUCCCUCCAGCGCUAUCUAUUCAGAUUUGCAGGGUGGUGAUACUCCUGUUGCCAUGGCUGAGAGGGCUGGCACAGUGUGCUCAGGGCAGAGCUGCCACCAGGCCUGCAUAGUGCCGCUGGUGAGCAGGGCCAGCAAAAGCUUGACUUGGGGUCCUAACUGGAUAGAAAGCACAGCAAGGAGCCAGCUUGGCUGACUUCUCAGGCCUGAGGAGACACGACAAGAAGCCUUGUUUCCAUGUCCUCCUUGGGCUAAGGCAUCUCAGGAAUGGUGAGGAUAGCAAGUCAUCCCUCAGGGAUAUGCACCUGCCCUCCCUCCCACGCACCCAAGCCCUUCUGGCUUCCAGGCUGCCCCUUCCCUGACAGGGAGGAGAGCUUCUUUAGGAGGUGAGCUCUCAGGGGCUGUUGACCCUAGGGCAAAGGGCUCCUGAUUUGGCAGAGACGCGACAAGGGAGAGCUCUGGAUAUCUGAUAAAUGUUCAUUAAUAAAUCAGAAAGUGACACUAUG